AUGUCAGAGAGGAACGAAGAGGCUCGCCGAAGAGAUCAACCUGCCGGCUUCGCCGAGUGCGCCGAUGUUGUGAACAUCUUACAUCGUCCUCGUCCAGCGAGCUUGCCUCCUUCGGACAUCGGCGCGACAAACAGAUUGACGAAUGACGCCGUAGCAGAGGGCUGGUUGGUGCGCGGAUACCGGGACGCAAAAGGGGACGGCACCUUUCGCACCGCUACGGCAACGUACAACACGUAUCGGAGAAUUGCGGCUACGAAAAUCGAGACGAGGGAGCGAGGGGCACUUAGCCCUUUGGCGAGCUCGAAGGAUGCAGCUCCCAGGCGGGAGCACGAGGAUUCCGGCCGCGAGAAUACCGGCUUCUCUUUUGGUUAUCAUCAACGGCAACAACAUCGCAACGAUCACCGGGGGUAAAC